AGACAUGGCGGCCAACAUGUACCGAGUGGGAGAUUAUGUUUAUUUUGAAAAUUCUUCCAGCAAUCCAUAUCUCAUUAGGAGAAUUGAAGAACUUAACAAGACUGCCAAUGGGAAUGUGGAAGCAAAAGUGGUGUGCUUUUACAGGCGAAGAGAUAUUUCUAACAGCCUUAUAAUGCUUGCAGAUAAGCAUGCUAAAGAAGUUGAAGAAGAGUCUGAAACUACAAUUGAGGUUGAUUUGACUGAUAAACAGAAACAUCAGUUGAAGCACAGAGAGCUUUUCCUUUCUCGCCAGUACGAGUCCCUACCAGCAACGCAUAUCAGGGGAAAAUGCAGCGUUGCACUUCUGAAUGAGACAGAAUCUGUGCUAUCAUACCUGGAGAAAGAGGAUGCUUUUUUUUAUUCAUUGGUGUAUGAUCCAUCAUUGAAAACGCUUUUAGCAGACAAGGGAGAAAUCAGAGUGGGGCCUAGAUAUCAAGCAGAUGUGCCAGACAUGCUUGUGGAAGGAGAAUUAGAUGACAGAGAACAGGCAAAGCUGGAAGUAAAAGUAUGGGAUCCAGAUAGUCCCCUUACUGACCGUCAGAUUGACCAGUUUUUAGUUGUAGCACGUGCGGUUGGCACGUUUGCUCGAGCCUUGGACUGCAGUAGUUCUGUCAGGCAACCCAGUUUACACAUGAGUGCAGCUGCUGCUUCCCGAGACAUCACACUGUUUCAUGCAAUGGACACACUGCACAAACACAACUAUGAUCUGAGCAGUGCCAUCAGUGUUCUAGUGCCACUGGGAGGGCCUGUCUUGUGUAGAGAUGAAAUGGAAGAGUGGUCAGCAUCAGAAGCCAGUUUAUUUGAAGAGGCUUUGGAGAAGUAUGGCAAGGACUUCAAUGACAUUCGACAAGACUUUCUCCCUUGGAAGUCGCUGACUAGCAUCAUUGAGUAUUAUUACAUGUGGAAAACCACUGACAGAUAUGUGCAGCAGAAACGUCUGAAAGCAGCUGAAGCAGAAAGUAAAUUGAAACAAGUAUACAUCCCCACCUACAAUAAACCAAAUCCCAAUCAAAUAUCCAGCAACAAUGGGAAACCUGCUGCAGUCAACGGAGCAAUGGGAGCCUCUUACCAGGCACAAGCCACAGUAAUAGGUCGGGCUUGUGAAAGCUGUUAUACUCCGCAGUCUCACCAAUGGUAUUCUUGGGGCCCUCCUAAUAUGCAAUGUAGGUUGUGUGCAUCUUGCUGGAUUUAUUGGAAGAAAUAUGGUGGCCUGAAAAUGCCCACACAGACAGAUGAAGAUAAACUGUCUUCCAGCCAACCUACAGAGGAGCCGCCCGUCCGGACUCACCUGUCGCGCCAGGCCACGCAGGGCACCCCGGUGCGGAACACGGGCAGCCCCAAGUCGGCGGUGAAAACUCGGCAGGCGUUCUUCCUCCACACCACGUGCUGGACAAAACUGGCCCGGCAGGUCUGCAAAAACACCCUGCGCCUGCGGCAGGCAGCGCGACGCCCCUUUGUCCCUAUUAACUGUGCUGCCAUUAAGGCAGAAUAUGCAGAUCGACAUUGUGAACUUUCUGGGAAUCCUCUGAAGAUAAAAAGCACCAGAAAACCACUGUCAUGUAUCAUUGGGUAUUUAGAGAUACAUCCUGCCGUGAAACCCAAUGUAAUCAGGUCAACACCAAGCCUUCAAAGUCCAAGUGCAAAACGACUGCUUGCACCCUCCAAUCACUCUUCAUUAAGUAUUUUGGGGAAAAGAAACUAUAGCCAUCAUAAUGGUCUUGAUGAAUCAUCCAGCCAUACAACAAGAACAAUCAUGCACGCUGCUCCCCACAUCCAUAUGACUAAUGGCAAGGCCUUGCAAGCCAGUGCAAGUGCCAUUAAGACAAGCACCAUUCCAGUAAUCAAGAGACAGAGGCAAAAUUGGCUUGAUGCUUCAGACGAUGGUUUCUUUAUAGCCACAGAAGAGACCAGUGCUGAAGCAGUUAGAAACCUUCUCACGAAAAAUCCGUAAGAAGUUCACCAGAUCACAGCUGAAAAGAGCUUCCAGAGCGCCUUGUUCUCCAAUCAUGGCAAAGUCAAAGUCUCUCAUGAACAAUAGGCCAGGAUCCAUCAUACACUGAAGAUAUAACAGCAUCAGCACCAUAAUAAUGUCAAAAUCGUGUUUCAUUGUGAAUGCAGACAUAACAGGACUUCCCACAUCUCUGAGACUGAAACAUUGUGUGGACAUAUUGUGGCUGGGUUCUGUGUUCUGGGCAGGAUCCAACAGCAGCCCUUGUUUUCCCUCAUCUCUGCAAGGGCUACUUGUGGUUCACUGUACAGGCUAUCCUGGAUUCCCUCCGUUCCCAGACAACAGUGUUGGCUGGUCAGGGAGGGGCUGUUUGCACUGGCCCCACUGAAUGGAUGCAGAGUCCACCCAUCACAUUUGUCUAUGCCUUCUAGUGGCUCAGCAAAAAUAUGCAGCUUUCAAAACUAUUGCAGUGUCUUUAAAGCAGGAUUUAGCCUUGAAGGGUUACAUUUUCAAACAGAACUGCAGAUUUGGAGUGUUCAUAUUUUUCAGUGUUGGCUUGAGUCACCUUGGAUUUGAUUUUUCUAUAUUGAAUGUCCACAAGGACAAGGUAUUGUUCAGUAGUUCUGAAAGUUAGACAGAAUUAGAAAAUGCCCAUAAUUUGUGGCCAAUUUU